CAAUGCGGGGUGGGGCAAGAAGGCCGGACAGAGCGGAGCUAUGAUCCGUAACGGUGACAAUUACUAACCAUGGAAAAAAACCACGUUGCUAAUCAUCAGACACUCUUCUCGGAAAUGUGACGUCGUGACGAAAUAACAAACACUGAAUGAACGGAGAUUCGUAAAAUACCAUCAUCGUCCAUGUUCAUAUAAUUAUUAAACAUGGCAACGUUACAGGAAUGGACGAGGUUGAGUUUGGCUCUGAUCUUCCUUUUGCUGAACACUGAUGGCGCAAAUGGACAGGUGGAAUACUCCAUACGUCUCGUUGACGGUAGUAGCUAUCUGGAGGGCCGAGUGGAGGUGUACGUCGACGGAUCGUGGGGAACAGUUUGCGAUGACUACUGGGAUCUGUUAGACGCCACAGUGGUGUGUCGACAGCUGGGCUACGGAAAUGCCCUCUACGCUCAUUUAUCGGCGUACUUUGGACAAGGCAGCGGACCCAUCAAGUUCGACGAUGUCAAUUGUCAGGGUGAUGAAAGCAUGUUACACCUUUGUCAGUUCUUGACCACCAACAAUUGCGUACACUCUGAAGACGCUGGUGUGGUCUGCUCAGCACCCAGCCCCACUCCGUCAUCCCCAAUUGCAGCCCCAAGCGGUAUUCGUCUUGUCGACGGCGGUGACCCUUUUCGAGGUAGAGUGGAGGUUUACGUAGACGGCCUUUGGGGAACAGUCUGUGACGACGAAUGGGACAUCAACGAUGCAAGGGUAGUGUGCCGUCAGCUGGGCUAUACUGGUGCCAUCUCAGCGCCCGGCUCGGCAUCUUUUGGCGCCGGAUCAGUCCCGAUAGCUUUAGACGACGUACGUUGUACAGGACGGGAGAGUCGGUUGCAGGACUGCGAGUCAGAUAGCAGUAACAACUGCAAUCACAACGAAGAUGCUGGGGUCGUCUGUACAAGCACUACCGUAAUUCGUCUAGUCGACGGUACCAGCAUUCAUGAGGGCCGAGUGGAAGUGUUGCUCAACGGCGAUUGGGGAACCGUCUGUGACGACGGAUGGGGCCUGAACGAUGCCCAAGUGGUGUGUCGUCAGCUAGGCUUCGCUGGUGCGUUAUCGGCGCCCUUAUCAGCGCAUUUCGGCCAGGGAACGGUCCCGAUAGCCAUGGACGAAGUACAGUGUACAGGAAGCGAGAAUAGCCUGUUGGAGUGUUCCUACAGGACAAUUCACGACUGCAGCCAUAGUGAGGAUGCUGGGGUCAUCUGUGCAGAGACCGGGUACACCCUACGUCUCGUCGGUGGCAGCAGUGAAACCCAGGGCCGAGUGGAGGUUUACCUGAAUGGGGCUUGGGGAACAGUCUGUGAUGACGACUGGGAUUUAAAUGACGCGAGGGUCGUGUGUCGCCAGCUCGGAUACGGCAAUGCCAUUGAAGCUGUCGGCUCGGCACGCUUUGGCCAGGGCAGCGGAGACAUUUUGUUCGAUGACGUGGCGUGCACUGGAUCGGAGACGAGCUUACUGGAUUGCACGAAGUCAACUGUAAAUAACUGUGGACAUGGUGAGGAUGCGGGUGUCAUCUGUGGUACACCCGGGUCAGAUUCGUCAACAAUCCGACUUGUUGACGGUUACAGCGCGCUGGAGGGCCGUGUGGAGGUUUACGUCGGGGGGGUGUGGGGCACCGUCUGCGACGAUCACUGGGAUCUCGCAGACGCCACCGUGGUUUGUCGCCAGCUUGGUUACGGAGAAGCACUGACAGCUCAAGGGAACGCAGCCUAUGGCCCUGGAACCGGAUCGAUAGUCUUUGACGUAGUGAAUUGUCGGGGAACCGAAGACAAUAUACAGGAUUGCUCUUAUUCUACUCAGGACAACUGCCUUCACAGUGAAGAUGCAAGUGUCUCUUGUAGCAGUUCGUCGGCAGCCUAUGAGUUUGGUCAAGUACGUCUGGUAGAGGGUAAUUCGGAGUUCGACGGUUACGUGGAGAUCUAUUACAAUCAACAAUGGGGUACCAUCUGCAAUGACCGAUGGGACAAGACAGAUGCAGACGUGGUUUGCAAGGAGCUGGGGCACGAGUUUGCCAUCUCCACAUCUGACGCCUCAGAUUUCGAUACCGGAAGGAGUAGUUCCAAACCCAUCUGGCUUGAUGAUGUUGCCUGUGGAAGUUACGACACCAGACUAGUCGAUUGCGACCAUGGCCAGUGGGAUAGUGACGACUGUUCUCAUGGUGAAGACGUGUGGGUGAAAUGCAACGGUGCUCCGGGACUCUCCUCUGGAGCGAUAAUUGGGAUUAUAUGCGGGGUGAUCGGCGGCUGUAUUCUGUUGUUCGUCUGUUGCAAACUGUGCUGUUGCAAGUCGAAAAAAGGCCCUGCCAACUCAACAACAGCGGCUUCGUCGACUACCUAUUCCCAGGUACCAACCGGCGGAAGUAAUCCUGGAGCUCCUCCUGUGGUCCACUACCAUCCUCAGCAGUAUAUGAAUCAACCCUCACAGCCGUCUGCCCCAACGCAGCCGUACGCCCCAACGCAGCCAUACGCCCCAACGCAGCCAUACGCCCCAGCGCAGCCAUACGCCCCAACGCAGCCAUACGCCCCAGCGCAGCCAUACGCCCCAACGCAGCCAUACGCCCCAAUGCAGCCACCUGCUCCCCAGCUGUCAGCUGUCGAGGCCCCGCCCCCUGCCUAUGAGUCAGUCAUCUCUCAGCCCACAAAGUUCCCACCGGUAACCGGCGCCGUGUACGAGAUCCCACAGCAGCCGUCUGAUCCAGCCUAUCCACCAGCGCCAUUGCCGCCUGGUCAGAACCCCCCAUCUGCGCCCAACCCACCUGCAACUGGUCAACCUUGGGCUGCGCCCCAACCCCAGGUAUUAUCCAACCCAACGUACUUGGAUACUGAUGACGUAAUCACUUAAAUGGUUCUGCGAGGUUCGUAACUGGAAAGGAUUUAUGAUGACUGACGCGUCAUCAUAAGCCAGUCGUAAGCCAAUCGCAAGUCAAUCGUAAGCCAUUCACAAGACAAUCACAAGUCAAUCAUAGGCCAAUCACAAGUCAAUCAAAGGUCAAUCACAAACCAAUCACAGGUCAAUCACAAUUCAAUCAUGAGUCAAUC